AAUCCGCUAAAUGAUACAACAUGAGUCUUUAACAACACACAGCUGCUGUAAAGACAUUAUUAUAAACUGCGAGUUUCCAUGAGAUGGAUGACAUACAGAUUUUGGUGUAUUAUGCGAUCAUCUUCAUGGUACAAAUUGAAGCUAAGAAUGGUUGUAAAGAGUUUGACUACCUCCCCUGCAUCAAAAACAAAACCCUGACAGGUCACGUGAUCAAGUCUUUCAGAGUCUUAGCUCCCGGAUUAAAGAUGUGCCAAAGGAAAUGUUUCACUGAAGGCCAGUGYGUGUCGUACAACUUGGGCCCAGUAGACGGUCAGAUCAGGACGUGUGAGUUGAGUGCUGCUGAUCACUGGAUGCGACCSAAGUUCUUGAUCUUCAAAGAAGGCUUUGAGUACUGUCCAAUCAGGAACCCUUGUUCGUCAAAUCCUUKUCCUUCAAAUAGACUCUGCACACCUGAUUUCAGUUUGGAYACGUUCAGCUGUGAUGACGGUGGCUGGACCCAGUGGAGUUCCUGGAACCRCUGCAUCGUGUCAUGCAGCACACGUCAAACGAGAAUGAGAAGUUGUUCAAAACCUGCUCCACAGAAUCGCGGCUCGCAGUGCUUUGGUGAAGCACAACAGACCAAAGCUUGCCAACCUUCGCCUAAAAUAGAGGUGAAAAACAUCGGCUGCUUUAAAGACWAUCACSCAGAUCGUACRUUACAWCAAGUAUUGAUAGGAGAAAUCAAACCACACACUAUUUGCAGCUGCGCACUUUUAGCUCAACCAAGCGGCUAUGGUAUAUUCGGUAUCCAAAAUAAUGGAGGUGCAUGUAGAACCGAUCCAUCAGGUCGAAUUACCUACAAUAAGCAUGGGAAUGCAACCAACUGUUUAAAUGGACUAGGAGGAAGUCUUUCUAAUAAUGUCUACGAGUUUAAAGAAAUUCCUUGAUUGAAAAGAUUCAACAAGAAAACCCAGCGUUAAGGAACAAGAAACAACAGAAUUUUUCAGGAAACGAUUCUACUGUAAAAUUAAAAUGCUCAAAAASAAGCUCUCACAGCUUCAAAAUCGAUAUCAAUAUCUAUAAGAAGUUUUUUUUAAUUUGCAAUGCAGAAAAAAUGCACGGUGGGGGACACCAACAUUUCAAUAGAUUUUUUCACGAAUCACUUACAGUUAUUUUUUCUAACUAACGCGGUACAGGAAUAAUAAAGAAAUUUCACUUCA